AUGGAAGCGCAGUUGCGGUGGGCGCCGGCGCUGACCGCCCUGCGGUGCUGGGAAGGCCACCAAUGGCCAGGACACACCUCCUCCCAAGCCGAUCACGACCCCGCGCACGCGGUCAGAUGGCAGCCGCAGCGACGCCCGCUACACUCCUGCCUCCCCGCCCUCGCCUACCGCCGUCCCGCGCUCCCGCCCUCGCCUCCCCGACCUCACAGCCUCCCCGCCCACUCGCCUCCCAGUCCCCGCCUCCCCGUCCCGCUCCCCGGUCCUUCGCCUCCCCGUCCUCGCCUCCCGCCUCGCCUCCCCGUCCGGCCACCGUGGACGCGCGCGCGGGACGCCAACGGCGCGCCCGUCGCCACCUACCGGCCGCGCGCAGAGGCGCACGUCGCGGCGCUCGUGCUGGCCGAGCUGCGCGCGCGCCUGCGCCUGCGCUGGGUGGCGCUGCCGGCGCACGGGCCGCCGCAGCCCCCGCGCGGCGCGGAGGAGGCGGACGAGGAGGCGCUGGGGGCGGAGCAGCUGGCGGCGCUGCUGGCGACGGGCGCGGCGCACCUCGCCCCGGAGCCCCUGCGCCGCCCUUCGCCCUACACCGCGCCGCUCGCCCUCAUCCAAGGCGGUGCCGUCGCGCGCGGCCUGGGCGCUGUGCGGGUGCCGGCCGCGCCUCGCAGCAGCGUGUGGGCGGCGCUGGGCGGCGCGGCCGGCGGCGCUGGUGCUAUGCGGCGCGCCGCCCUCGAGGGCGCUGGCUGGUGGCGGGCGCGGACGCGCGGCGCGGCCGCCGCCCCAGCCUGUUCCUCGCCGCCGCGCUCGCCGUCGCCUGCGUCGUCGUCGACGCCGCCUUCAGGCAACUGGCCGUGGACGGACGCCGUCAGCCUGUUGGCGCUGCGGCUGGCGGAAGCCGGGCUGCUGGGCCGCUGGCGCGAGCAGUUCGCGGCGCUGCAGGAGCGCGCGGAGCUGGCCGCGUACCGCGUCUCGCCGCGCGCCCGCGCGCGUAUCGCCGCCCAGCGCUCCGCCCGCAGCCCCGCGCCGCUCGCCCUGGGCGACGUGGCGGAGUACGUGCUGCUGCUGGCGGCCGGCCUCGCGCUCGCCCUGUGCGUCUGCGCCGCGGAGACCAACUGCCGCCCUCGCCGCGGGGCGGACGACAGCGGCGACUCGGAGGACGGGCGGCAGCCGGCGGAGCGGACCCGCGGCGCCCGCGGGCGAGAGUCACGCGUCCUUCACGUCGGCCCCGCCCCGCCCGGAGGCGCUCCUCGCGCGGGCCUGCCGGCGGGCCUGCCGGCGGGCGCUGCUUUCGGGCCGCGCCGCAGUUCGUGCCCCGGGCUGCCCGAUGUGCACGAGGCGAGCAUGCGCGUAGGAUUCGCUUGCGAUGUGUCGCACGCGCCCCACUUCCGCAGGCGCUCGUGUCCGGAAGGCGCUGCCGCGGCUCCGAGGGAGACGGCUAUUCACCUCAGAAGGGCAGAGGGGCCACCGCGUGGCUGCAAGCGGGCUCUAGAGCGUGAUUUCACUGAUUUAUGCACCCAAAACGCAGCAGAUAGGGCGGCCUUUCUUGAAAUAUCCGCCGGGCAGAAUUGUCACUCAGGACGUAAUGAUAAAGAUUUCCCUGAAGAGGAUUCAGUUGGAAGUGCCGCAUCUUCACCACCCCAAAAUACAAAUCCUCGCAUAGUCAUUAAUUCACCUUCGUGCUUCAGGAAGAUACAAUCGACAGACGACGCAAUGCCGAACUCAGCUUCAUUAUCACGAACCGCCAGGGCAACGCAGGCAUUAUUUGGGUCCACCGUCUCCCUCACAUCAACUUCUAACGUUCAGAAACCUUCAUCUCACAUCUCCGAUUUCAAUAACAUCACUAGCAGCAAGACGUAUGAAAAAGUAGACGAAACCCUACAACUAGAUGUGACAAAUUUAUCUUUAUUUGGUUCCCAAGUUUCGCUGACGUCUAUUUGUGCACAAGACCAAGGUUUGGCUCUUGAUAUCGAUGCUUCAAAUAACACGAUGUUCCCUCAAACAGACGAAACCAUUACACAAUCAACAGACGUGGCAUCGGAUUCAGAUGUUCCCACUAUGUCCAUAUUUGGCUCCAAUGGCUCCCUUACAUUGUCCGGCGACGCACAAUGUGUGGUGGGACAGAUCCCAAGUCUCGGAGUAGCCUCCGUAUCUGCGACGAGUUUGUUCAUGGCCGCAGUCCCUGCCGGGCGGGUCUCGGAUUUAAAACAUUCCGAGAAAUGCUUCACCAUAUUUCAACCCGUUUCCACUGAUUAUGGGCCGCAGAAAAAGUCGAAGAGUUCUGAAGCAACGGAUGUGGUUACAGACACCGCUGAGUCAGCCCCGUCGUCCAAUAGAGGGCUGCCAACUGACAGCAGACGAAAUUCCAAAAACGUCCUGCCCUUCUUCAAGAAGCUGGAGGACUUCCAAGUGGACGACCAGUGGCAGGACGCCCCGGGCGUCGCCGCCCUGCACGCCAGGGGCGGGCCCAUCGCCGUCAGUCGCUUCCGCCACGACGGGCCUGUCGGGCAGGCGGUGCUGAGCGCCGCCGUGGAGCUGGGCCUGCCGCUGCUCGCCGACCUCAACGGCCCCCGGGCGGCCGGCGUCGGCGCCGCCCCCGGCACCCUGGCCAACGGCGAGCACUGCAGCGCGGCCAGGGGCUACCUGGGCCCGGCGGCGCGCCGCGCCAACCUCCACGUGCUGAGGCACGCGUUGGCCUCCAAGGUCAUCGUCGACCCGGACUCCAAACAGACCCUUGGCGUUCGCUUCAGGCUGCACGGGAAGGAGGAACGGGAGGUGCGGGUCGGGAAGGAGGUUGUCGUGUCCGGCGGCACCACCAACUCCCCGCAGAUACUCAUACCGGCAUCGGACCUCGCGCCCAUCUUGAAAAAAUUGGAGUUUCACCUGUGA